AUGGAUCUCUUUCAAGAGAAAAUUGGGCCAGUUUCUGUCGCAGUUGGUGUAAAUCAUUGGAUGCACUACACAGACGGUAUUUUUAACAAAACAGAUUGCGGACCACAUUCACAUGCAGUUGUUGCUGUAGGAUAUACUGAUGAAUACAUUCUCCUUAAAAAUUCAUGGGGGAGCAGUUGGGGAGAAAAUGGAUACAUAAGAAUAGCCAGAGGCAGUAACAUCUGUGGAACUAACGACUACGGUUUUUAUCCAAUUUUAUAA